GCAGAGACCAUCAUAUUGUCGUCGUAAAGGCUAAGCAAACCAGAGAGAUUCAUUCAAACCCAAAACCCAUUCAUUCAUUCAUUCCGAAUCGGACAUGGCGGCGGAAGAGGGAACGGUCAUCGGCGUCCACACCGUCGAAGCAUGGAAGGAGCAUCUCGAGAAGGGAAACGUCUCCAAGAAACUCAUUGUGGUUGACUUUACUGCUUCCUGGUGUGGUCCUUGCCGUUUCAUUGCACCAAUUCUGGCUGAGAUUGCUAAGAAGUUACCACAUGUUGUCUUCCUCAAGGUGGAUGUGGAUGAGUUGAAGACUGUUGCUGAGGAAUGGAAUGUUGAGGCCAUGCCAACCUUCCUCUUCUUGAAAGAAGGCAAGGCAGUGGACAAGGUUGUGGGUGCUAAGAAGGAAGAGCUGCAACUCACAAUAACCAAGCAUGCUGAAGCUCCUGGAACUUCUACUGCUUGAACUAUCAUAUGAAGAUCAAGAAUAAUAACAUUUAGAGUCAGUUACUCAGUUUGCAUGUUUCCAUUACAGCUAUGGUGUUUGCGAAAUGUGAGUGUAGGUGAAGAAUAAAUUGUUGCAUUGUGGUACUUCAAAUGACUAUUUAUUAUGAGAUAUUUGUACAAUUAAGAUAUUUUAUUGAUAAUGGUUGCUUUGGUUGA